UAUCAUGAGUUCAUUUGAUGUUGUUUAGUCGUUUCUUUUUGUAAAGUUUGUACUCACACUCCUUGUUUUCGGUCCCAUUGAUACCCUUUUUGGCUCUAAGCUUCUUUUUGCCUGAAAUUCAGAUAAGAUAAAGACAGAUUACAUUUAAAAUUGUAGGUAAAGUAGAACUUAAAUUAACUGCACGCCAGAAUGCCGGUGGCCCAGCAGGAACUGCAGUUGGAUAGCCAGACUAAUGAAGAGGGAGAGGAGGAGGAGCAGCCGGAGGACGAGAACCGACUGGACAAGUUCACCGUGAGGCUCAAUGGGCAGCAUGACCUGGAGCAGCGUCUAAAGGAAUUCAAGGCGGCCUGCGAGGCGCACGACAAGCAUUCCAGGCGGCGAAAACGAAGGCGCUACUACCAUCUGGGCUUAGUGGCCAAACUGGUGACAGAAACCACACACGACGAACUGCGUCGAAUGCUGGAAAAUGGGACCUACACCUUCCACGUCGACACGGUGGCCAACAAGCCAGACGAACUGCAGGCCAUCUUGGACACCAUGAACAUCGCCAUAUCGGCCUACUCUUCCGAAAGGGAACUGCCAAUGACCACCGGCCUAGCGCUCGAAAUAAACGGGGAGUGCUGCCGCGUGGGGAGAAUGAGAAACAACUGCUCCGUGAUGAUGGCAAGGGGUGCGGUGGUUACACUCACUACCGAUGACGCCUACCGCUACAAGGGCUUCAAGGAGAUCUUCUACGUGAUCAACCUGAAGGCUUAUCUUCCCUCCGUGCAGCUUAACGAUAUUGUGCUUAUCGGCCGGGAUGCUAGGGGUCGAGUGGUGAAGACUUUGCGAGAGGCCCUGGCCGUAAUGAUCAUCGACGCAGGUGUCGUGGCGCCCUACGAUUUUAUAGAGCUCCCAAGGCAGUGUCAUUCCCUGGAUCCCGAGAUCUAUCCGGACCUCUUCAUGAAGGAUCUUGAGAUGGCCGCGUCCCUAAACGCAAACUACGUGGUGCUGCCAAAGAUUCGCUGCAAGAAUUUUCUUCGCGCCGUGCGACAGGAGCUAAACUCUAGCUUUGGCAACCUAAAGCUGAUCGGAAUGAUUGACUUUGAGUAUGUGCGGAGCAACAUGCUGGAUCUGCUGGGCAUCAUUAAGUUGGUGGACUACAUCUGGAUACCAGACAUGUUCAGCGUACACUGCUGCGUGUACAACUACAUAAUGGACGACGUGCUGCCCAUUUCGCACUGCCAGAAAAAGCCGGUGAUUGGCACAGUGCCGCUGGAGCGGUGCAGUGACUUCAAGCGGUUCGAGUUGCACGAGUUCCUUUGGAAGAUUGAUGCCAUUCACAUCCAGAAGAGUCCGUGGUGCAACAAGUAUCCCCUGAUUGUCAAGAAGCUAAUGCCAAUAAAGGAUUACCGAGUUGGUGUCGUCCAGAACAAGAUGGUGCUCAAGAACAUCCUGACCUCCUACCAAACGAUCGUGAACUUCAUCAUUCGCACAAUAAGUUCCAUAGAGUGCCAAGCCAUUUUCGUGUACACCACGUGCGAGACGGCCAGCGUGGCUCUUUCCCGUACUGAGAUCUACUGCCCGGUUUACUUGAUGAUGCCUCUGGAGGAUACGGACGAUGCUGAUACCAUUGCCUGCAAGGUGGAACUGGCACGUGCGCUUCACUUGCGCAGAAAUAUGCACCCGGUCCUCUACACCAAGGAACUUAACGAGUGCAAUUACAGUCCGAUUGAGUUCGGCGUGGAUUUCAUGAGGAAGAAGGGCUGCCUGGAGGUUGGGGAUUUUGUUGUCACUCUGGAAGUGGCCAAGGAGGACAAGGAGAACGUGGUCAUUGGCAUAGGCGAUGAUGUGUGCAUCCUGCGAGCCUUCUACGUGUCGCCGCUUUUUGCGUGCGAGAAGUUCAAGUACGGCGGCUAACUUGACGGCGUGCAGUUGUGCAGAUUACACUUGUAAACCAGCUCAAAAUUAAAUGUAAAGUUUUUAACUA